AUGUCAGACGAUUUCUUCGGCAUACAUGUCCAGACACAUAGCAGCACUCAAAGGGCAGCAGCCAAUACUGCUCCAGAACCUGCACAAGAAGAAGCUGGAUUUAUCGAGAAGCAGUUCAUCCCCAGCUCGUCUAGAGUUGCUGAACCGGCUGUGAGCCAUGAUUGGACGCGAGAAACCGAGGAUGAUUUCAUCGAUCAACAAUAUUUCCGGAAGAUCGACCCCAGAGAGGCGUCUGAACCGGAAUGCUUGCAGUCUCCAAAGCGACGUGACCAAGGGAAAUGGUUUGCUGAUGACGAAUCAAUUCAGAAGAGAAGUGACGCCAGUUUCGCUGAAGACUACGAGGAACCGAUUGAAAUAGAUGAAAAGGAGUUUACCAUAUCGGCGCCGACAAUUUUACAACAAAUCAAUUCAUCUUUGCUGCCGAUCAAGCAUCUUUCAAAGGAGGAAUUGGUUGACUAUCUUGCAUCCCAAGUCCUCUACAACGAUGAGGACCUAUUGGCCCUCUGCAAACCCUAUGGCCUAUCGUAUGGCGGAGGAUCAUCGGAUCUUCCCCAAAUCGACAGACUGAUGCCAGCGUUAAAAGCAGUUGUAGCCCCAGCCACUGCAAAGCUUCAUUUGGCCAAGCCGCUCGAUCGCAAUGUCAGUGGUAUCCUGCUUUUUGUAAAGAAUGAAAAGCUGAAACAUCUGCUAAACCAAAAAUCUUCCGAGAGUCUAGUGAUGUCUGAAUACAGGGCAAUCGUGCGGGGCACGCUGGCAAAACCCAAGCAGCUGAUCAAGAUCCCACUCUACAAAACGGUGCGUGAUGGACAGUUCAAGAUGAAACCGUUGCGAGAAGAUACGCCCAAACGGCAUGAAAUACAUUAUGUGGAGACGAGGGCCCGUGAGAUCAGCAGCCAUCGUUAUUGUUCCUACGUGGGGGCAUUGGUGAAAGGAGAAGUGCCUCACCAAGUGCGGGCGCAUCUCUCGCUGGUGAAAUGUCCAAUUAUCGGCGAAGACAAAUACACAGACUCCCCACCACGGCCACCCCGGCUAGCCGAUGCUACGCUAGAACAGUUGGGGCUGUCCCAAAGCCAGUCGAGGCGUUUGCCAUUUCUGCUCCAUCAUAAAGAGCGGAUAGUUUUGAAGUUUGAUGACUGGCCUCUUGUACGUAUCCACUACGAUUGGGAAACCAGGCUCCGACAUCUGUUUCUAAAGCGCCUCGAGGUGGAACGAUUGCUAUGGAUCUUGUCGUCGUUAGGUGGUGCUUAUUCAGCAAUGGGAGAUUAUGACGAAAGAUUCGCACGCGUGGCGAUGAAAAUCUCCAAUCAUCAGAUCCGACUAGCCACUGAAUACGGCGAUCCAGUCCUUCUUUCCCGGUGCCAUCUGUACAUAGCUUUAUCUCUCGCGCAGCAGGGAUACCACAAGGAGGCCAAGCAGGUUGUCAGGUGGCAAUCCAAAAUGGCCAGACUAUAUAACUCGUCUUUUCUACUCGCUUGCUGCCAAGGAAUUCGCGCAAAGAUAACGGCCAUAAUCUAUGAUCUCAGG